AUGGCGCUCCUCCUCCUGCCCGGGGCGCAACGCAACCCCCGACCUGCACGCAGAGGGCAAACGAGGAACGCCGCGCCGGUGAGCGACCCGAGGGAAUGGCGGCCGGCGACGGACGGCGGGGCGGGGCGAGGGCGGAUCGGUGGGCUCACCUACGGGCGUGGGGCGCGGGGAUCGAGGAGCGGGCGGUGCCGGAUCUGGGGGCUGCGCAGGGGAGCAACGGUGACCCCGUCGCGUCUCCUCCUCCUCUCCUCGCUGCCUGGCACGUCCCGCCUCUGCGUGCACCACCGCCCGGAGGGGCGCGAGCUCUCCUGCUUCGACACCGUCGUGGCGGCCCACGGGGACGCCGCAAUCUUCCGCCUGGAGGGCAACUUCGAGGGCCUGACGUGCUACGCGAUCGACUUCUUCCUCUACCGGGCUCUCGCUGCUCCCGCGCCACUACUCGAUCCAGAAGGAGAUCGCGGCCGCGGCGGAGGGCUCCUGGAGGAGAAGUCGCCAGCGACGCAUGGGGCGUUUGGUUGCCUGCAUCAGCCUUCAGCUAGUUCUGCUGGUGCAAGAUUUGUUGUUUGUUUGGUUCGCGUAUCUGCUCGGUCAAGCUCCGCGCGUGCGAGAUUCCCUCCGCAGCCAGGCUCUACCGGUGCGAGGAAAUCGGCCGUUUCUGCUGGACCAGGCUCGCGUGGUGCAGGGAGUCAGGCUGGCUGGUGCGAGCUAGACUCCUCCAGGCAACCAAAAACGUCCAUGAUGAACAAAAGCGGCAUCGGCCUCUUGCUCACCGGUGAGGACGAUUCAGGAGGAUUCGUUGUGGCGGAGCUCCGUCUUAAUCUGAGCAAGCUCGACAGCGGCGACGUGGACGCGCCUCUCUCGAAGGGGAGCGCUAGCUCUUCAGGCUCCGCUGGUGGAGUGGGAAGUGAAGCACGCGAGCGUCCGUGACGGCAAGGCCACGUUCCGUGACAUCCGCGGCUGGUGGGAAGCUCACAAAGUCAUAAGGUCGUCGUCCCUUACGGCGGCUACCUUUGCUGGGUCGACCUUUGCAAGAGGUGUUGUCUUCUGCGACGUGAAUCGUGACAGCCCUGAGCUUGUACCUCCCGUUGCCCAUGGGUCACGUAUGUCAAGAGAUGAUCAGGUUUCACAGAUCAUAGCGAUAUAGGAUAUCGUACUGAUGAUGUUAGCGAUAUAGGAUAUCGUACUGAUGAUGUGAACAUGUGUUAUGAACAUAUUGUUGGAUA